UCUUUGUUCAUGAAACAUGUGCCAAUCUGUUGUCUGUGACAAGUGCAGACUUUUUUCUACUGGUUCAAACAAGUUUGUACCAUUUAUUUAUUGAGCUCUCGCACUAGCUUUCAUGAUAUGCUUAUACCUGGUUCAAUCAUAGACCUAAUAAUAUAUUCAAUAUGACCCCACAUAAAGUAAAAGUAGAUAUUGAAUAUUGCUCGGAGUGUGGCUUGCAUCAGGAGUUCAAGAAUGCGUUAUCUGCCCUAAAAGCAGGUUGCCCAAAUGUUGAAGUAACAGGACAUGAAGGAAGGAGAGGUUCUUUUGAAAUUAAAAUGAACGAUACCCUGAUACACUCUAGACUUGCUUCGUUAGCAACACCAGAUUAUGAAGAUUUUUGUCGCAUAUGCAGAAAUAUUUCAGUAGGAAAUCCAAUUCCAUCGAGUUGUAAAACAAAAAAUGAUUGUCAAAUACUUUGAAAAAAAUUGUACAUACAAUUCAAUUGAAACAAUAUAUACUUACAUGAAAGUUUUAA